AUGUUCACUUCUACUCUCGUCCUCUCCCUUGUCGCCACCGCGGCGGCCGCUUGCAGCGGUAGCACCAAGAACGACACCGCCGGUGCCAAGGCUCAGUGCAGCCUCCAGUUCGACGGCCGCAUCCCGAAGGCAUUCACCACCGCCGAUUUCGAUGGCACCUCCAGCCCUUUCAACACCGCCAACGUCUUCGGUAAGGGUCUCAAGUUCAGCGAACUUAUCCAGCUCCCCGGUAGCCAAUCCCUGUUUGAUGGCAACUCCACCCAGGCCUUCGAGGUCACCAUUAGUGACAAGUCCAUCUUUGCCCCGUCGGCGACCAACGUCCAGAUUGGCUUCCGCCGCGCCGAGAUGCUGCCUCUCAGCAACAACGGCACGGACCCCUCGACUGUGGGCAUCAAGACCUUGCACUUCAGCCUUCAGAAGGAUGCCCAGCGCCCUCUGAACCUGUCCCACGAGUACCAGCUUGUCUUCCUCGAGAGCGCCGACUUCAGCACCAACCAGCUCGUCCUCAAGACUGGCACCAUCCUCGGCCAGAACACCGAGGACCCUGACACCCUCCAGCUCUUCGGCAACGUGAACUCCAACCCCGUCCCCGAGCUUUUCAAGACCAAGUUCACCCCCGGUGUCUUCCACAACUUCGCCGUCAAGCUUGACUUCACCGCCAACACCACCGAAGUCUUCUACUCCCAGGGUAACUCCGCCCUGAAGUCCCAGGGUGCCGCUGUCGCCAACAACAUUGCCGGCCAGGGCCAGUACCACUUUGGUAUGCUCAAGAAGCCCGUCAACGGCGGUUCUGACAUCACCAAGAGCGGCGACCAGCCUUCCGGCAUCAACGAGGGUAUCAUCUACGGCGGCAUCUUCCAGGAGGACAGCUCCAGCGGCUGCAUCUCCCUGUCUCCUUAA